AUGUUAACCAGAUAUCUUAUAUUAGUCAUAUCAGUUUUGUAUAUAAAGGAAAUCAGGUGUUUACAGAAUAAUUCAAACAGCGUAUCUAAUAUCAUAUUGAAUAAUUUAAAUGGAGGUCAAUCUCAAGGGUUAUUACAAAAGAGUUUGAAUCAAAUAGCAUCAAAUCAGGGCCUCCCUAUAAAUUUACAACAGAUUCUCAACUCAAGACAAGCUACAAAUGGUCAACAACAACAAAAUACACAACAGAAUGUAUUUGCGAAAUCGCCGUCUACUAUUUUUAUAGAAAGCACGCCAUCUCCAAGCCUCCAACCUGUAUUCCAACAAUCUUCUACUAAAACACCAACAAACGGUUACCAACAGUUAAUGGUGCAAGGACCUGUAUCGGCAGCUCCAGUUUUACAAAAUUGCAACGGCAUUAACAACGCGAAUAAUGUUGAUCAACAAAAUCUCGCCAUGGGUAAUGUGCAAAUACUACAACAACAAAUCCCCAAUAUUACGCCUCAGACAAUAGUAACACAACAACCAGUUAUGACUCCACAAACGUAUCAAACUAUAACAAUUCCUUCUUCGAUGCAACCUGUUAAUUUUCCAUCAACAUUGAAUGCCGGCAACGUUAAUACUCACGGUGAAAUGUCUUUAACCUAUCCACAAAAUCAACAAGUAGCAACUUUUGGAAUACCAUCGUAUAUAGUGGAAGGAUCUCAAUCGGCUUGUGUACAAACAUCCCAAUUUUCUCCUACAACAGACAACAACCCACCGGUUGUGUUGUACUCCUCACCACAAAACCUACAAGGCUUUGAUCUAAGUUACGCUGAAUUGGCGAAUCAACCACAAAUAGUUAAUUCAGUUUCAACAAAUCAACAACCGACUUUGGAUGGUAAUAGCUUAGGGUACUCACCUUAUACUUAUGCAGCUCUUCUUCCUGCUAUCACCCAAAUGGUCUCGAAUAUACCAAACUCAGGAUCCAAACCAUCAAGUUAUAAAGCAUUGCUACCUUUGAUUCUACAAAUUUUGAAGGAGAGGUUGAAUAACAAUUGUGAUUGCUGUCAAAAUUGUGGUUGCAAUAAUAAUAAUCUACAUCAUGGUAGUAAUGGCUAUGAAAAACAAAAAAACCACGGACACAUACCCAGACCACCGAAUAGAUACGGUAAAUAUUAUUCAGCAGAAUCAGAGAACCGCAAUGAAAUAGACAAUAAAAAGAGCAGAAGUAAAUAUGGUAAGCACAAAAAGGUCAAAUAUGAAGACUCAUACGAAGAUUACGAAAACGAUGACGACUAUGACUAG